AUGCCAGUACCUUUUUUUUCUGGAACCAAACUUUCUAUUAAUCUAGCAGAAGAUACUGUUCUGUUAAGGGGAAUGGCUCAAGAUGACGGAACCUUUGUUUUACGAGGUGAAGUCGAACUAGUAGUGACCAAACCUGUCAACGUUUCUUCAGUUGUUAUCAAAUUGAUUGGAAAAUCUUUUACUUUAUGGAUGGAAGGUAUAGGAAGUGGUCGAGCUACAAGAUACUCUUAUGAAAAGAAGAUUCAUGAACAAGAUCUUGUUCUUCAAACAUGGUUACCUACAACUCCUCCUCCUUUGAUUUCUAAAUCUUCUUCUGGAUCUUCUUUCAAGUCAACAUUGGCGAACAAUAUCAAAGGUGGUUCUUCUUCAACAAGUUUAAAGAUAACCAAUGAUGACAACAAUAAUGAUAAUAAUAACAGCAAUAUAUCUGGUAUCUUAUCUCCAGGAUUACAUCGAUGGCCCUUUGAAUUCUUCUUAUCAAAUAAACUUGUAGAAACCAUUGAAGAUGAAACUGGCAAAGUAUUUUAUUAUCUAACUGCAACUGUUCACCGAUCAAGCGGGAUGAAAAGUAAAAUAAAAUGCCGGCGCAACAUUCUUGUCCUACGUACACCACAUGCUGAUGCUAUUCUGACUGCCAAUAGUUUACCCACGACUUCCAUUAUAUCGGAUCGACGUUACCCUGCUUGUGAUGCUACUAUUUGUGUUGAAAAAAGUAUGGCCUCUUCUGGAACUCAAUUCCCAAUUGAUUUGACUCUGGUACCCAAUAUGAAAAAUGUAUUUUUGGAAUCCAUCUCUGUCCUUAUAUGUGAACGAAGGGUUUAUCGUUUACCAGAAUUUGAUGCUCGACGUGGUGAAAUGUACGAUUUUAAAAUGCCUUUAUUAUCCAUCACCAAUCUCAGCGAUAGAACGACAUGGGCUCUACCUUCAACUGAUGAUCAUGAUGAUGAUGACAACAAUGAUGAAAAUAGAACAAAUCAACAGGAAACUACUUUGGAUCAGAAAGUACGUUCAGCAUUAUUUACAAAGAACGCUCAUGUACCUUUAAAUGGUGAUCCAUUUCAAUUUCGAUUUAUAUUCAACAUGCCAAAUUGUAUCGAUUUGAACCAUUCAUCCACUUUUUCUGAAAUCGAUAUUCGCCAUUUUUUGAAACUUUCUAUUGACAUUCGAUCGCCCGAAGGUCCUUUGACAAUUCGCUUAGAUACCAACAUUACUGUAUUGGAUUGUAGAUUGAAGGAAGAUUAUGCUGCACUACCAACCUACGAAGCUGCUCUCUCUGAUGUUACUGUGGAUAUGGAAGAUGAUCCCUCAACUAUUUCUGGAAAUCGUAGUGGUUUUUUUAUUUGCCCAUGUUAUCUUAGUUACAAGAAAAAACGUCAAGUCUCCAGCAAAAAAGAAUGGAUUAUGAUGCGACACAACAAUCGUUUUAUUGGGGAUGGUCAACAUUAUCCAACUAACAAUGGUACGGCUCCUCCUUCUUAUGACACCAUUAUCUCUGAUUCUACCUCUUCUCAACAUCUCAAAUCAUAG